AUGUUCUCUCUUCGCACUGGUGUUCGACUGGCCAAGUCAUUGCGCCCAGCACCAGUCCGGCAGCACAUGGCUUUCUCUCGCUCCUAUUCCGAAAAGUCCGAUUACGCAGAUAUCGAGACUAUACUUGGCGCACCGAACUGGUCUGUUCGGUCACUGCUUCCCAACCCAGCUUCAAAACCGCCACCAUCCGUCACGCCGAAACAACUCCACCAUCUACUGCGCAUCUCGGCUCUUCCCCAGCCUGCCAACCAAGAAGAGGAGCAGUCAAUGCUCGAUACACUGGAGUCUCAGAUUCAUUUUGUGAAGGAGAUUCAACUUGUUGAUACUACUGGGGUCGCGCCGUUGCCCCGGAUUCGCGAUGAAAGCCCUGCUGCUCUAGAGGAGGCCACAAUCGGGAUUGAACGACUUAGGGAAGCUAUAGCUAAGGAGAAGGUGUCCGGACGACGCGGAAAGAUCCAGCGUGUCCCAGGCGAAAAGAACGAUACUCCGGAUGGAACAGCUUGGGAUGGGAAUGUGCUAGGAUCCGCGACAAAGACGAAGGGGAAAUACUUUAUGGUUGAAAUUGGCAAUUGA